AUGGCCCAACCCGGGCUCGCGGCGAGGCUGCGCCUCGCGGAGCGGCAGAUGAUCGCAGGCGACAACACAGCCGCGCAGGAGGCGAGCGCGAGCUUGAUUGCGGACGCAUUGGCCUCGGACGGCGGCCGCGAGGUGGUGUGCGCGGCCGCGUGCGUCAACGUGCAGGCGCUGGACGCGACCGCCGGGUCCGUCGACCCCCUCAAUCACCUCGCGAAGCUCUUCAGCGGCCGCGAGCGCGUCCCGGCGGAGGCGGCGCUCCUGGCCACCUCGAUCAUCCUCAAGCGCUCGGGGCCCGCCGCGGCGCGCGGCGCGGCGGACGUCUACCUGUCCGCCUGCACCACCACGAGCGCGCACAGGCAGUGGGACCCGCGCGCGCGGACGGCGUGGGCCACGGCGUACGCGAGCGACAUUCUGGUUGCUGGUCUGGGGGACCCCCUCUGCGCGGAAAUGUGGGUGGAGACGAACGACCUGGAGCUCGGACGCGAGGAACUCGCCGAGGUCAAGCGCGCGGUCGAAGCUGCGCGGCUGGCCAUGGAGUACGGAGCGGCGAUGAAUCGCCAGCCCUCCAAGGCCGACUCCAACGUCAGCCCCGUCGUCACGCGCCAAGCCAGCUUGACUAUCGCCGAUGCAGAGACCGGCUCGCGCGUCCGUCCCGCGCACCAGGCGCGCGCGCGCACCCCGGGCUCCGAGCCCGGCAGCGCAGCCCCUGCGCGAUCCGCUGGCGCCCUCGGAGCGCUCCUCGCCGCCGCAACAGGCCGGCACGCCGGCACGAUCCUCGGGCAGGUGCGUGGGGUUGUGGAGUUGAUCGAGGGCUGGCUGCGCGCCGCGCUGCGCUCGAUCGGGCUGUUGCCGCGGGCGCACCGUACGAGGGAUCCGCCGGGCGGCGGGGCGCGUGCGGAGCCGUGGCGAGAAGGCGCGGUGUGGGGGGUGGCGGCGUUGGUGGUGCUGCAGAACCGCGCGGUGAUCGGACGCGCGGUGCUGGCGGUGGCGCGGCGGUCGACGGCGUUCGCGCGGUGGAUCCUCGCGGUGCUGCUCGGCAUCGGCUAA